AUGCCGCGGAGCAGCGUCACGGCACCGGCCGCCCGCAGCGCGAUGGUGACCGGCACAGACCUGUUCCCGGGGCCGAGCAUUAUGAAGGCACCUACUCCAGCAGGCCGCUCUAGGCAAGGAUAUGAAGACCCUCGCUGGAACUAUGCAGCCCCCACCUAUGGGAAUGACUAUGCUUAUUGGAACUUCCAGGGGCAGCCCACAGCCUGGCAGAAGGAGAGAGAUUUGAGACAGGGAGAGCCUUAUGGUACUAGUUACCGGGACCAACACUACUACCGGGGUUAUCAUCCUAACCUGGUAACGCCGUCCCCAGUGCAGGACAGAUCGGAGCCUGGUGACUCGUUGCAGCAGAGCCGCCGCUCGGGCUCCGGGCAGGAACGGGGAGGGGAUGACUCCUUGGGCAGCUCCUCUGGGGAGGGCAGCAGCCCUGCUCGAGAGCAUUUUCUCCCUUCUUCCUUGGCCUCCUGCUUUCCUCUGUCCGCACAGCCUCGUGCCUCCAGCAGGCCCAGCCUUCUCCUGCAGUACCGCGAGUCGGGGCUCAGCUCCAGCGGCUACGAGCUCAGCCAGUACAUCCGCGACGACGCUGACCGCUACGAGCCAGGGGCCGGCGGGCCCUGGAGCCCGGUGCCAGCAGGGAGGGUGUCAGCAUCCACGCCAGCUCCGCUGGCACCCCAGAAGUUCCUGUUGCCACACGUGCCGGUGUGCUUCGGAGCCGGAGGGCAGCUGGUGCUGGCGUGUCCGCACUUCCCUGCAGAGGGGCAGCUAGCUCUCGUGGAGCUGCACAGCUUGGAGGCGAUCCUUCACAACACCAAAGAGCAAGAGGAGCUACAAGUCUUCCCGGGGCCUCUGGCUAGGGAAGAUCUGCACAAGGUGGAUGUGAUGACGUUUUGCCAGCACAAGAUAGCCACAAGAUGUGAUCUCUCAACACAGAGGGGCAGAGAUUCAGCUCUUCUCUGGAAACUGCUGGUCCUCCUCUGCCGGCAGAAUGGGUCCAUGGUGGGCUCAGACACAGCUGAGCUUUUGAUGCAAGACUGCAAGCGCCUGGAGAAGUAUAAGAGGCAAAACCCUGUGGCUACUGCGACCAACUCGUCGGACGAUGAGUGGCGGGCACACGGGCUGGGGACAGUGGACCUCCUUACAGGGGAGGUCCCUCCCGUUGUGGAGACACUGGCACAGACAGUUGAGAAGUUCACCAAACUCCUCUACUAUGGCAGAAAGAAAGAAGCUCUGGACUGGGCCAUGAGAAACCAGCUGUGGGGCCAUGCCCUCUUCCUCUCCAGCAAGAUGGACCCUCGGACCUACAGCUGGGUGCUCGGCGGGUUCACCAACACGCUGGCUGUCAAUGACCCGCUACAGACCUUCUUCCAGCUCAUGUCCGGAAGGGUUCCCCAGGCAGCACAGUGCUGUGGGGAUGCCAAGUGGGGAGACUGGAGGCCCCACCUGGCUGUGAUGCUGUCCAACAAGGUUGGAGAUGCAGAGCUGAACCACCGUGCCAUCGUCACCAUGGGAGAUACCUUGGCUGGCAGGGGAUUAAUAGAAGCAGCUCACUUCUGCUACCUGAUGGCAGAUAUCCCUUUUGGUUACUUUGGAGAGAAAGCGAAUCGCAUGGCUUUGCUGGGCAGCAGUCACCGUCAGGCGUUUGCCCAGUUUGCCAGGACGGAGAUUAUCCAGCGCAUGGAAAUCCUUGAGUACUGCCAGCAGCUGCGACAACCCAGAGCCUUCCUGCUCCCCUUCCAGGUGUACAAGCUCAUCUAUGCCUCUCGCCUGGUGGACUACGGGCUGCCCGCCCAGGCCUUGCACUACUGUGAGAAGAUUGCCACCGUGGUCUUGGAGCAGGGGCCUGCCAGCCACCCUGCGCUGACCAGACAAGUGAUGGAGAUGGAAGAGGAUCUGCCUCCUGAGCUGGCAUCAGAUGAGCCAGAGCUUGCCAUGGCCAGCAGAUCAGCCACAGGUAAAGAAAUGGAGCAGGGCAUGGUGUGUCCCUGGAAGGGCUUCUCCGCAUGCACAGCACAUGCAGAUGGAGAGCUUGGCCAUGGGCUUGCCCGGGACAACGACCACCAGCAUGACCAGUGGCAACAGCAGAGCACCCCUGAGCUGCUGCAGGGAACGAACGCCCAGGAGGAGCCGAGCCUCGGGCCGCUGGCGCCUCCCUGGGCAGCAGCAUCUGCUCCGCUCGCAGCUCCGCUGCCGCCCAGGGUCGGGCUGGAGCAGCAGGCAGCAGCGCUCAGCCCGGCCACCAAUGCCCUUCCAGGAGAAGCCCGCUAUGGGCAUUCCCCACAGCUGCUCCAGCCGCCAGGAGAUGCCAGGGAGCCCCAGGGCUCCCCAGUUCCCUUUGGGGUGCUGCAGACUCCUGCAGGAGAGCAGCAAGAGUUAAAUGCAAGGAGCCGGACAGUCUCGGAGGGCUCUACCAUCUCCCUGGAAGAGGACAUUCAGCCUUCCUUGGAAAGCGUGUCCAAGGAUGUCAGUGAAGAGCAGUCAUCGGAGGAGGAGGAGAAGCCAGAUGAGGUUAAGAGCUCGGGAUUCAGAUGGUUUGGCUGGUUUCGGGCGAAGCCCUCCAAAGCCACGUCCGACACAUCGAAAUCUCAGGAAUCAUCUUCGCCAUCACCCUUAGCCUCUCCUCUUCCGGAGGCCGGGACAAGGCCUUCAGCUCAGCCUCCUGGGAGUCCGUCUCCCACCAUGCCCAGCUCUUCUUUUGGAAUCCCAGUGUCCGUUGAAACGGGAGGCUCGUGGGGCCUGGAUGGCAGGGAACUGGGAUCCUUUCCUGAGGCUGGGGAUCAGGAGUCUCCAUGGGGCCCCGGCAGCUGCCCGCCUGCCCCACCGGUGGGGGCUGUACCGCUCUACAACCCCAUCCAGGUCCCUCAGCUUGCUGCUGCCAGGCCCAGCCAGCCCCGGCUGCUGUCCCAGCGGCGCUACCCCAACCUGCUGUGA